AGGAAACGAGGUCUCCUCCUUUACAGCGGCCGCGUUGCCCAACAAACUCAUCCGGAGAGGGUAAUUUUGCAUUUUUGGCGCCGACGGACCCAACGUGCGUGCAGCGUAGCCGAAGACCGGGCGCAAAACGAGCCAGAAUAGCAAAACACGAGAGCCCCACAGCGCUCGAGUACCACAGCGCUCGAGCGCAAGUAUGUGUGGCCACGCCGGCCUCACGGUGGGAGCAGGUGCCGUCGGAGAGCAUGUAAGAAAAGCAGGCUGUCCAGUCGACCAGACGAAGCCGGCAAGCUACGACACCGGCACGAACAAGACGGCCAAGAAAGGCGCGAACUACCCGGCGGUCGUCCAGAAGCGGGACUCGCUCUCGCUGGAAACCAGGACCUUCGGCGUCGCCCGCCUCCGGGGCACGCACUGCGUCUUCGACGGCUGGAUGCAGAAGCCCACGUGGGCCAAGGCCGCCAAGAGCGCGACCGGCCGCUGCGCCGUCGUCGUGACGUCGUUCGUGGAAGGCAUCACGUGCCGCCGACCGGAUGACAAGGUGUUUUUCAUCCUCGCGCUGGCCAUCGGCGACGACAGCUUUGUGAUUCUCACGACGGACGCCAAGGAAACAGCGCUCCUCGGUGAGCGCGCGAAGAAGAGCGACGGGUUCGGGUCUGGCCGGUGCCCGCUCUACGCCAGCGGCGAGCAGGCGGCGAGGUGGUGCGCGUCGGCGUCGGCGGAGGAUCCCACCGCCGUCGCUGCCGAGAUCGAGGCCGCGGCGCAAACAAACGCGCUCGGACUCGUCACCGGCGCGGCCAAGCGCGGCGCCGUGACGCAGUCGCGGACGCUCCAGGACUUCUGGGGCGCCGCGCCCAAGAAGAAGGCCAAGGCGGAGUCGGCGUCGCCCCACUUUGCAAAAACGCCCGGGGCGCCGCCGCCGCGCCCGCGGCUCAAGGAAACGAGGCUCGGCCGUCCGAUGGCCGCCGGGCGACGCGACUUUGGUCUAAACCUGCCGGCCAGCGCGUCGCGCGAAGCCUACCGGAACGCAGUGGGUGCGUUCCCGGGCAUGGCGGCCCACCGGCGCUCGGCUCAGGCCGACCAAGGCUUCGAGUUAGUAGGCGUCCAAACGGCGGAGGAACGCUCAGAAGCGAACCGCCAGCGAGCGGAGCAGGAGGGCAACGUGCUGGAGGUCGACGACGACUCGAGCGCGGUAGCGGCGCCGCCGAGCCAGCCGGGGCUUAGCGCGGUGCAGCAGGCGAGAAAAUCGGCCUGGAGCUCGCGCUUCGAUCAUACCGAAGAUGUGCCGCCGGACGUGCGGCGGGCGCGCGAGGCCUACGACACCGCCGACUACAACAUCUUCGUAAACACGGGUCGGCACAUGACGGCCGAGGAGCACGCAUCGUUGACGGAGCUCGACAUCGCGUUCGCGCGGCCCCACGAGGCGUCCGCCGAAGCCCUGGAGCGCGUCGCCCAGGCGCGGCGCGCGGCACGGUCGGCAAAGGUCGUCGGCAAAGGCGAGGACUCGGAGGUCAUCGAGAUCGACUAGGCCCCCAACAACCCCCUGUACGUACGUAAGUGAAUGUGUGC